AUGGCUGGGGGGCGGAGGCAAGAGAGUGGAAACUUUGGGGAUUAUACAUUUCUUGUUAAAGAAGAGUUUAAAGAGGAGGCUGAUGUUAUGAAGGAGCUUUCGGAAAGACACAAGGAUAUCAUGAUAGAGCCAUCAAAUCCUGAGGAACCUCAGACUGUGCGGGACGGUGACGUCCUUCCAACAGAUAAAAGGUUUUCCUGUACUGAGUGUUGGAAGUGUUUUUCAACCACAUCCAAUUUCUACAGACAUCAGAGAUCCCACACCGCGGAGAAGCCACAUUCCUGCCCUGAAUGUGGGAAAUGUUUUUCAGAGAAAUCCAAUCUUUACAAACAUCAGAGAUCUCACACGGGUGAGAAGCCGUAUUCCUGUCCUGAGUGCGGGAAAUGUUUUUCAAACACGUCCAAUUUCUACAGACAUCAGAGGUCUCACACAGCGGAAAAGCAGUAUUCCUGUUCUGAGUGCGGGAAAUGUUUUUCACAAAAGUCUCAUCUUUACUAUCAUCAGAGAUUGCACACGGGGGAGAAGCCGUAUUCUUGUCCUGAGUGCGGGAAAUGUUUUUCAAUGAAGUCCAGUCUUAACACACAUCGGAGAUUGCACACGGGUGAGAAACCGUAUUCCUGUCCUGAGUGUGGAAAAUGUUUUUCAGUGAAAUCCAAUCUUUACACACAUCAGAGAAUGCAUAAAGGUGAGAAGCCGUAUUCCUGUUCUGAGUGCGGGAAAUGUUUUUCAAAGACCUCUAAUCUUUCCAGACAUCAGAAAUUGCACACGGGGGAGAAGUCGUUUCCCUGUAAUGAAUGCGGGAAGAGUUUCUAUUUUCAGUCCACUCUUAAUAUGCAUAAAAGAUGUCACACGGGUGAGAAGCCGUAUUCCUGCCCAGAAUGCGGGAAAAGUUUUUCAGCUAAGUCACAUCUUAACAGACAUCAGAGAUUGCACACGGGUGAGAAGCCAUACUGUUGUCCUGAGUGUGGAAAAUGUUUUUCAGAUAAGUCACAUCUUAACAAACAUCAGCGAUGGCACACGGGUGAGAAGCUGUAUUCCUGUCCUGAGUGCGGGAAAUGUUUUGUACAAAAAUCAGACAUUGUCUCACAUCAGAGGUCUCACACGGGGGAAAAGCCGUAUUCUUGUACUGAGUGCGGAAAAUGUUUUUCGGAGAAGUCCAAUCGUAACAGACAUCAGAGAUCGCACAAGAAGGAGAAGCCACUUUCCUGUUCUGAGUGCGGGAAACGUUUUGCAAAAAAAUCACAACUGGUCACACAUCUGAGGUCACACACGGGCGAGAAGCCAUUUGCCUGUCCUGAGUGCGGAAAAUGUUUUUUAGACAUGUCCCGUCUUUACAAACAUCAGAGAUGGCACAUGGGUGAGAAGCCGUAUUCCUGUCCU